AUGUCUCCGAAGGCUGACCAUAAAAACCCCUUUACCCAUAGCCCAAGACGACAUUGUAAGAAUUAUCAAAUAUUAUUUCAAAUAUCCAAAAUCAAUAUGUCUUCACGAAUAAUCGAUACCUUUGAGCGAGAUGGGCCUGAGCGCAAGACCAAAGUCAUCGUUGCUACUGUCAGCAGGACGGCUACCAUCUCCAUGUACCUGGCCGCCCAAAUCCUAGGUUAUACCCCAUAUCACAUGAAAGAAGCUAUUUUUGAUAGCGAAUGCAAAGACCUCGAGGUGAUUAAUGAGGCAUUGGUUGCUCAAUACAACCGUUUCUCUCGCAUCCAGCGCUACACCAAGGGAGACUGGGACAAGUUUUUCAAGCAAUAUGAUUUUAUCGUUGAAAUACCUGCCUUCUUCGGCAUUGAUAUGUUGGAGGCAUAUGCAGACGACCCGGAUGUAUUGUUCAUUCUAGUGGAGCGCAACCCAGACCGAUGGGCCACGUCAGUCAACAAGACCAUUGGAAAGGGUACCCAAGGUUUGUUUAAAUUUCCAAUGAAUAUCUUGACUCCAUGGAACAAGCAAUUGCAUGUUUUUACCACGUUUAACAAAUACUGGUAUGGCGUGUGGAGCAGCUCAACCACCUACGGCGCUGCGGACAACCACGCUGGCCUGUGCCGCGCGUACACUGAAUACCUCUCUACGGCCAAGAAGAUCUUGCCAAAAGAUCGCCUACUGCACCUCCGAUUGGAAGAUGGACUAGACUGGGACAAGCUGUGCAACUUUCUAGACAAGCCUGUCCCGAAAGAGCCUUUUCCUUGCGAAAAUGAUGCUGGCGAUUUUGAAAAGGUCAUUGGAGACUGGAUUGGUCCUCGUGUGAUGAAUGCAGCGCUGAAGCUUGGAUCUGUUGUGGUCGUCGGGUUAGGAUUAGCUGGUGCCUUCGUUUGGAGGACCCAAGGAAUCUCGCAGAAGUGGAUUUGA